AUGUUGGAGCAAACAACUCUGGAAUGUGUCAAAAUCUCUAAAGGGAACCAUACAGACCAACAAGAGCGUCGAGCUGGCAGCCAUCAGCGAGGAAAAUCUCAAAAUCUACAGUCUAAACGACGGAGGCUACAACAUUUACACCGACUCGGCCUACGGUCUCAACUUCGUCAAAAGGGGUGUGUACAGUACCUGAACUGGCAAAGGAAUGGAUGGACCAACAGCAGGGGUCUACAUGUUGCAAACCAAGACCUGAUCCAGUCCAUUUUGACGCUGAGAAGAAGAAAUGCUGUCGAGAUGUUUGCAUCCUGA